AUGUCUCAGGAAAGCAGUUACGGCAGGUGGACGAUCUCCAGCAGCGAUGAGAGUGAUGAAGAGAAGCCCAGCCUGCCCCAGCCCUCACGGUCUGUCCCGCCAGCCACCCCGCCAUCUGUCCCCCCACCCAGUGAGGACAGGGCAGGGCGCGAGCCCCUCUACACGUGCUCCGAGGCCCGGAGAGCUGCCCACAGGCGGAAGCUGUCACCCCUGAAAUUCGACGGGCCCCAGGCCGCCACGGACGCCUCCCCCGCCAAGAAGCAGAAGCCCAGUGGGGCUCGGGAGGACACGGGCUGGUGUCUGUCCAGCAGCGACGAUGAUGGCGAGCGGCCUGCAGACCCGCAGCCAGCCGGACCCCGGGCAGCAGACACAGGGGCCAAGGACUCACCUCCCAAGACCAGGACCCCCCAGCCAGCUGGAAGCCACCAGCCCCGGAAGGAGGAGAAAAAAGAGGACGAGUAUGAGACCUCAGGGGAAGGCCAGGACAUUUGGGACCUGUUGGAUAAGGGGAACCCCUUCCGCUUCUACCUCACCAGAGUCGCGGGCAUUAAGGCCAAGUACAACUCCGCGGCCCUGCACAUCAAAGAUAUUUUGUCUCCUCUAUUUGGGACCCUCGUGUCUUCAGCCCAGUUCAACUACUGCUUCGACGUGGACUGGCUCGUCCGGCAGUACCCCCCUGAGUUCCGGGGGACGCCCAUCCUCCUUGUGCACGGUGACAAACGGGAAGCCAAGGCCCACCUGCAGGCCCAGGCGAAGCCCUACGCAAACGUUUCCCUCUGCCAGGCAAAACUGGAUAUUGCAUUCGGAACACACCACACGAAGAUGAUGCUUCUGCAGUACGAGGAAGGCCUGCGCGUGGUCAUCCACACCUCCAAUCUCAUCCGCGACGACUGGCACCAGAAGACGCAGGGCAUAUGGCUGAGCCCUUUGUACCCACGCCUGGCCCCCGGGAGCCCCGGCGGCGGGGACUCGGCCACCCACUUCAAAGCCGAUCUCAUCAGCUACCUGACGGCCUACAACGUCCCCCCGCUCCAGGAGUGGGUGGACCUCAUCCGGGAGCACGACCUCUCCGAGACCCGCGUGUACCUGAUCGGCUCGACCCCCGGGCGCUUCCAGGGAAGUCAGAAAGAUGAUUGGGGACAUUUCAGACUCAGGAAGCUUCUCAAGGAGCACGCCGCCUCUGAGCCCCGAGCGGACGCUUGGCCCAUCGUGGGCCAGUUCUCGAGCAUCGGGUCCCUGGGCGCCGACGAGUCCAAGUGGCUGUGUUCCGAGUUUAAGGAGAGCCUGGGCAGCCUGGGCCACGGAGCCAGGGCCCUGGGCAGCAGCGCUGCCCCCCUGCACCUGAUCUAUCCCUCCGUGGAAAAUGUGCGAACCAGCUUAGAAGGUUACCCAGCCGGGGGCUCUCUUCCCUACAGCAUCCAGACAGCUGAGAAACAGAAUUGGCUCCAUUCCUAUUUUCACAAGUGGACGGCAGAGGCCUCUGGCCGCAGCAACGCCAUGCCGCAUAUCAAGACGUACAUGAGGCUCUCUCCAGACUUCAGCCAGAUGGCUUGGUUCCUUGUCACAAGUGCGAACCUGUCCAAGGCGGCCUGGGGAGUCUUAGAGAGGAACGGCGCGCAGCUGAUGAUCCGCUCCUACGAACUCGGGGUCCUCUUCCUGCCCUCUGCCUUUGGUCUGGACAGCUUCAAAGUGAAACAGAAAUUCUCCAGCACUCAGGAUCCAGCCACCCCCUUUCCUGUGCCCUACGAUCUACCUCCAGAGCAGUAUGGCAGCAAAGAUCGGCCGUGGAUCUGGAACAUUCCUUAUGUGAAAGCGCCGGACACUCACGGGAACAUGUGGGUGCCCUCCUGAGGGCCGCAGAGCACCGGAAAGUUGUCCCCCACGACCCCCCACCCCAACUUGGAGCCACCAGCAACCAGCUUUCCUGUCUGUGCAAGUUUCAGCUGGGCCCCACAGAACUCUGGCCACGGCCCAUCUUUUGACCAUGACAGUUGGUUGUACAUUUAACGGUCCUUGUCAUCGUUCUCACUUUGUUUAAAAAAAAAAAAAAGUAUUUUUUUAACUCA